AUGAUAUUUUCAGCAAAGAUUGAGAAAGAUGAAACAUUUACCAAUCAAAAUCAAGGAACUAAAGAAAAACGACCAUUUUUACGAAAACGUCAAGGUCUUGCUCAUUAUCAAGCACCACCAAAACGUCGUCAAAUAUGUCCAAAAACAACUGAUACUACUAGUAAUACAAAAACUGAGUCUAUUAAACGACCAACAAGUGCUAGUAGUACAAGUAAUAAUUCUCGUUCUACAUCAAUAAAUCAACGAACACGUUCUAAUUCAUCAUCAGCAUCUAUGAUAUCAAAUCGACAAAUAUCAACAACAACAUCACGUUCAUCAUUAAAAACAAAAUCAACUAAACAAAUAAAUAAUAUAAAUUCAACAAAACAAAUAAUUCCUAUAUCUACUCAAAGUAAUCUAUUAGGUAAAGUUGAUUUAGAUGAUGAAGAUGAUUUAUUAACAAAAAAAUAUCAAACAAAACAAAAUUUAAUUGAAUUAAAUGAUAAUAAUAAUGAUGAUGAAUCUUUAUCAACAAUGAAUAAAUUUAAUUCUAAUAUUCAAACAAUGAUUAAUUCAAAAUGGAAUGCAUAUAAAACAUCAUUUUAUCAUAAUGAAGAAGAAGACCAACAACUCGAUGAUGAUGAUAAUGAUGAUUUAUAUUCUAAUAAUCGUCAACGUACAUCAAGUCGUAGUAGUACUAUUCAAUCAAAAAUUUCAUUAGUUCAACCAAAAAAAGAUUUAGAUGAGUUUGAAAAACUUGAACAGUAUGCCGAAGAACAUCCAUCAAUGAUCAGUACAGCAUCUUAUGUUGAUAAUGUAGUUUUUAAUAAUGAUCAACAGUCGAAAACAGUGGAUACAGUUGUUAAUCAUUUAAUUCAUUAUCAUAAAGAAGAAAAUAAUACUAAACAUGAAGAAAUGAAUGAUUUAUCAACAAAUACAAAUCGUAUACGACAACGAAAAAUUAUACCAUUUAAAAAUAAAAUUGAUACUCGUAUGCAACAAAUAACAACAACAACAGCUAAUAUAACAAGCGAUAAUGAUGAUGAUGAUGAUGAUGAUGAUGAUGAUGAAAAUGAAGAUCAUAAAUGGGAUGAUAUUGAAGUUGCUAAAGUUAUUCCUGUCAUUACCGAUGAAUAUAAUAGUGAUAGUGGUAUUAGUUCAUUUAAAACUGAUUUUCCUAAACAAACACAAUAUCAACAAAAGAAAGAUUCAGCACGUUCAUCAGAUUUUGGUGAUGAUCAUUCAUGGACUGAUCGUGUUAAUAAUGCACAGCCUCUUAAUUCAUUAAUGCUUAAUACAUUUCCAGGUUUACGACAUACAGUACCAACAUCAGCACCUGUUCCUCCUCCUCCGCCACCACCAGCACCUGUAUCUGAACAUAAUCAAGAUUAUAGUCGUUUAGUACGUGAAAAAGCUAAAGAAUUAGAAAAACAAAUUGAAUUAUUUGAAAAAGAAAAUGCAAAAUUACAAUCACUUUGUAAUGAACGUAAUUUAGCUAUAAAAAAAUUAAAACAAGAUCGUGAUGAAUUUGAAAAAUUAAAACAAAAACAAAUUGAAGAAUUUAAUCAAAUGAAAGAAGAUGAAAUCAAAAAAUUAAAACAUGAAAAACGUCUAUUUGAACAACAUCGACAACAAUUACGUGAUCAUCCAGAUAAACGUGAACGAGAAGAAAUUGAAAUAUUUAAAAAACAAAUUUUAACUUUACAAGAAGAUUUAAAACAACGUGAAACACGUUGGUCAACAACAGUUAAUCGUCUAAAAGAACGUAUUGAAACAUUAGAAUAUGAAAAUGCUGAAUUAAAACAAGAAAAAGAUAUUAUUGAACGUAAACGACUUGAUCUUAUGCAUCAAUUACAAACAACUUCUAAACAACAACAACAACAACAAUUACACGAAGAUACAUCAACAGUAUCAAUAACAGCAAGAAAAUCACUUGUUGAACUUCAACAAACAAAACAACGUCCAAAAAGUACUGUACCAACAACAUCAAAAACUCAAUCAUUACCAAAAACAAUGGUUGUAAGAAAUUCUGAACCACCAAUUAAACCAAAAGUAAUAUCAAAUGGACGACGAACACCAACAACAGUUGUUGGUGUUAAUGGAAUUAAAAAUAAUCUUGAUACAUCAAGAAAAUUAUCAACAUUAUCAACAACAAAACGUCCAACAUCAAUGAAUGAAUUAACAGAAACAAUUGAAUCAAUACCAAUAUCAACAAUUAUUGAACCAGCAAUUAUUAUAUCAGAAAGAGCUGAUUCAGGAAAUGGUGGAAGUGAUGAAGAUAGUAAUCGGUAUGAUCGAAAAACUGAUGAACAUUUAUCACCAUCACUAUCUGGUAUUGUUAAUUCUGAUUAUCCAAAAACAUUCAUCAACAAUAAUGAAUCAAAUCAUCCAACUAUUCUCGAUUAUAAAUCAUUAUUAACUAUGGCUACACGUACACAAUCAUCAGCAACAGCACUUCUUCAACAACAUCAAGAAACUCUAUCAUUACUUGAUCAACCAACAAUAAAACGACAACCUUUAUCAAUAACUAAUAAUGAUUCAAUUAUUCCAACAUCUCAUAUUAAUAUACCAACAAUAACAACAACAACUAAAAAUAUAGGAUUUAAAGAAAAUAUAUCUAUACCAACAAAUAAUUCAAUAAUUGAAGAAAUUCAUCAUAAUGAUGGACGUAUUGAACGUAUUAAAUCAGAUUUAUCUAAACAAAUUCUAUUUCCAAAUGGUUCAAAACAAGAAAUAAGUUGUGAUGGUAAACAAAUACGUGUUCAUUUUUAUAAUGGUGAUUAUAAAGAAAAAUUAUCGGAUGGUCGUUGUAUAUAUAAAUAUGCAAGUACAAAUACAACUGAAACUGAAUAUCCAGAUGGUACACAUAUAUAUGAAUUUCCAAAUGGACAAAUUGAAAAACAUUUACCUGAUGGACGACAAGAACAUAUAUUACCUGAUAAAACAAAAAAUAUUUAUUUAAUUGAUGGUACAAUUAUAUCAAUAAAAACAAAUGGAGAAAAAUUUAUUCAACAUCCAAAUCAAACAAAAGAAGUUCAUACAGAUACAUAUAAAAGAAAAUUAUUUCCAAAUGGUUCUAUUUUAACUGUAUUUAAUACUGGUGAACAAGAAGUACGUUAUGCAAAUGGAAAAAUUAAAAUUAAAGAUGCACAAGGCAAUAUUAUUGUAGAAAAAAAAACUCCAACAAAUAAGAUUAAUAAAUAA